GGUUCCCUUAUCAUAAAAAAAGAAGAAGAUUGGUCUGAUAUAUUCUCCUUUUUCCUUUUGCUCACUUGUAAAUACGGUUUCAGUACAACUCAUCUACUGUUUUGCUAUUAUAUACUUACUGUUACCCUCUAAAAACAAAAAAAGAACAAAAUAAUUUUAAAAUAUUGAACUUGGAAAUAUUUUUUACUUUGUUGUUAAUAAAUAACCUUUUUUGCAACUCAAUAAUCUAUUUAAGUUGCCCUUGCCUCUCCCUCCCUCCCCCACUACGCUAAAACAAAGUGGAAAAGAGAAAAAAAAAAAGCAAAUUUAUAAGUGUUCUGUGUUGGACAGGUCGGUUAUGAGUGUGUGAUCCACUCCUCAUCCGUUUUGACAACAUCACUUGAACCCAAACAAAUUUGUGAUAGGUUGAAUCAUCCAUUUAUACAACCCAUUUUAAACCAUCCAUUUAAGAAACUCCCUUUCCUCGCCCCGUGAUUAGAAUAUUUUGUGUUAAUAAGGAGGACUUUAUUAGCUACUUUACGGUCUAAUAGAUAUUAGGUUCUACAAUAUUAUUUUAUUAGACAGGAGGGCAUUCUUGUUUGAACUUUGCUGCACCUACUUUCAGCCCUUUUUCUAUUUGCUCAUGGUAGUUUUCAACUUUUGAUCAUAUUAUUCUGCACUCAAUUAUUCAUUUUCUAGAAGCUACUUUAUGCAAAACUCAGAGCUUUGUAACAAGACAAAGUGUCACAGCAUUGAUGAAAGCAUACAUAACAUGAUAUGUAUGUCCACACAGUAGCACAUAUUUGAUAAGCGGAUAGAUUAUAUGCUUGUUAAAUAGACCAAAGCAUGAUACUUUUGCCUUGUAGUCUCUACGUUUUCAAAGUUGGUCAAUAGAUCAGUAAUUAGGAACCCUCAUCAUUGAUGAUUACUUGGAGCACUUUUUAAUUUGUCUAUUUGAGCCUGAAUGUUUGUAGUGCAUAGACAAUGGCUCUCGUGAUAAAACCUGUGUUAACAGGACCUGCUGUAACAACAUUCUGUUAAUUUUGCUUUGCUGUGUUCCGCCUUUGGUUCAUUCUUGAUUUUCCUCACCCCUUCUCUCCCCCUCUAUCUUUCUCCCAUGUCUUUCCUUUUCAGUAGGAAAAAGCUGUUUAAAAAAUGGGGGAGGAUGAUGAUUACCGCUGUUUCAUUGGUAACUUGUCAUGGUCAACAUCAGAUCGAGGGCUAAAAUACGCAUUUAGGAAGUUUGGCAAUCUUCUUGACGCAAAGGUUGUAGUUGACAAGUUCUCUGGCCGAUCUAAAGGAUUUGGUUUUGUUACAUUUGAUGAAAAGAAAGCAAUGGAAGAAGCCAUUGAAGCGAUGAAUGGGAUGGAUUUGGAUGGCCGUCCUAUUACUGUGGACAAAGCCCAGCCUCAACAAAGUUCAGGUAGAGAUUAUGAUAGUGAUCGGCCCCGUGACCGAGAUCGAGGUCGUGAUCGCAGUAAUCGUGAAUAUGGAGGUGGGCGGGGAUCUGGUGGCGGAGAGUGCUUUAAGUGUGGCAAGCCUGGACACUUCGCUAGAGAAUGCCCCAGUGAAGGAGGUCGGGGUGGUCGGUAUGGCGGCAGAGAUGAUAGGUAUGGUGGUGACGGCGGCAGAGAUGAUAGGUAUGGUGGUAGCGGCGGCAGAGAUGAUAGGUAUGGUGGUGGCGGCGGCGGCGGCGGCAAAUAUGAUAGGUAUGGUGGUGGCGGAGGUGGUGGUUCUAGAGGUAGUGGCCACUAUGGACCUGAUAGAAACGGAGAUCGCUUUGGAAGCCGCAGCAGCAGGGAUGAUGGUGGACAUGGGGGAGGUGAACGAUAUAGCCGUGAUCGUUCAGGGCCAUACGAUCGUCGGGGUUCUGGCUCUCGCGCUGGUUAAUGCAUUAAGGUGCAGUAGCUGAAGAGCUAGGCCCAACCAAGCUGGGUGCGGAUGGUUUGAAGUAUGUCCGAUGGCAUCUUGUUUCCUUGACCUGUGGGCAGAAGUGGAUCAAUCUUUUGAACUCAUGAAACCUGGCACUUUAAUCUACUGUUCUAUGUCCGUAAAAUAUCAAUAGUAUGGAUUGAUUGGGAUCUUAUGCGUGCUUAAUUUGCGAUUUUGAAUGUGGUCUCACACUUUUGAAUGCUACUAUGGCUGCUGGUUAUUUGCUUUGUUGGCUUGGCUAGUAGAAUACUGUUGUUUGCUGCUGCAAUCAUAAUGGUCUCUUGCGUUCGCAAUUGCACCUCUGAAAUUUUGUGGUGAUAGAUGGGUCUGAUGAAUUGCCAAAAAUCUGUACUGGUGAUAAAAUUUCUGCGGUACAUAA